AUGUCAACAAUCUUUGAACAACCAAGCUCAAGCAGCUUCCCCUUAAAGAACAGAGCAGGGGGUGGCAUAAAGCGUAUUAAAAAAGUAGAUGGCCCUACUAAUUUUUAUCAAUAAAUUGAAUACAAUGCAGAAAGACUCCUUUUGAAUUUUCCUUCAAAAGACAAGCUCUAACUCAUGAAAUUGCUUGAGGAAUUAGACAAUUAGGUUGAAGUAGCUCACGAAAUUUUAACUUCUGAAAUGAGUUCUGCUUCAUAAAGUAGCGUGAAUUCUGCAUUUAAAAAUCAAUAAUAUCCCUACAAUAAUGAUUUUUCUGAAUGUUAAAUGUCCCAUCAAGAUAAUUUCCACAAUCAAACAAACAACAGCAAUAAUAUGAUGGUAUAGAUGAUCAACUCUGAUGCAAAUAAAUUUAACAAUUAAUAAAAAAAUGUUUAGAAGGAACGUAGAAUUUUAAAGAAUUUAAAACCAAAACAAAUAAAUAAAGAUAUGAUAGGGGCAAAUCAAAGCUUAUAGGGAUAGUAGUAAUAGAAUUAGAAUCAACUUUAGUUGAGCAGCGUUGAUAUGCAAAUUUGUCAAUAAUCUAAUCAGGAUAAUAGUAAUAGCUUAAAUUUUAAUACCAUUUAAAUGGAAGAUAGUCUCAUAAAUGAAAGACAAGGUCUUUAGCUUAAAUCUCAAAUGAGUUACGGAAUGAAUAGUUCAAUGAAUUAACUCGAAUCCAAAAUAUCUCAAGAAACUCCAAGCAAUCAAAUAGAUACCUACUCAAGAUAAUCAGGUUUGUAAAAUUAAAAGCAAUAGUAGCAAUAAUAACUUCGCUAGGAUAAUAAUGAUGAUGAAGAAUAGCAGUCUGCUCCCUAAGAAGAUGAUUCUCAAUCACUCUAAUCGCACAACUCAUCUGAAUAAUCUGCGAAUAGACACCAAGAUCAACAAUAUAGCUAACAAUAAUAACCUAUUUAGUAGCAAACUGCAAGAAUUAAAGACUUAAACUAAAUAGAAGAAUACUAAAAAUAGCUAGUUGAGACAAUAAUCCCCCAACUCCUCUAAUAGUUAAAAAGCUCUAGCAUAGAUGUAGCCCCAGAUAUCAUAUUGCAGGCCUUCAAGUAUUAUGAAGAGCAAAAUAGAAGAGCGACUCAAUACGAUAAAAUCAUAAGUACUCAUGAGCAAGUACUAAAAGGUCUCUCUAACAUUUUGAGAAAGAAAUAAUAAUUAGAGAAACGUGUAGAAGACCUUUAAAAGGAAAAUCAAAAGAUCAGUGAAGAAAGAGAUAAAUACCGCAAUUCAUCUGAAAGAUAUAAAAUAAUGUUUUAAAACAAUAAUUAAUAUCAAUAAUAAUAAUAAAGUUAUUACUAUAAUAAUUAUUUUGAUAAAGGUGGAGACAGUGGAAUGUGCUUUUGA